AAUGACCACAGCCCCAACUGAAAAGAAGCAGCAGGUUGAAGAGAAAAAGGAAGUUUCAGAAAACAUUAGGAAAGGCCUAAAAGUUGGAGGGUGGAGGUAGGGAGACUGGGACUGCAUUAACUUCAAUGCCCAGGUCUAGCUGGAGAACGGAGUGGUGGCUAUGCAGUGAUGCCAGCUUCCUAAGGCAGGGUUUCCAAGGGAGCUGACAGCUUAGUUCUGGAGUGUAGUAAAUUUGAAGGAUGUGGAGGAGGGCCCCAGUGGGCAGCUGUACAUGCCAGCCUAAGGUUCAGAGAGGUGUCCUGGAGAUAGAAAUUGGCGUCAUAAAGUAAACGAGGGUGCAGAGAACCAGGGAGGGUCUAGGACCGACCAUUAAGGCACCUUAAGAAGCAGCAGAGGAGGUGAAACUGGGAAAGGAGACUUAAGAAGGCGAGCCAGAAGGACCAGAGGAAGCCCUGAGGUUAUGACGCUGAACCUGAAAAGUGAGUGCUUCAGGAAGAAGGAAGAGGUUACUGCAGGGCAUGCUAGUGCUACUGAGAGAUCAUGUGUGGUAAGAACUGAAAUGUCUUUGUGGAUCUAAUGCCCAUCAGCAGUGUUGGGGUGACCCUUUAGUACACCAGGCCUGUGCUGAGCACUGAUAAAGCAGAGACAAAACAGAGAAAAUGGAAAGAACAUGACACUGGGCAUUUCAUUUAAUAUAGCAAAGUCAUCUUGGGAAAAAUUAUGUUUCUGGACCAGAUGACGCUUGAGGAGCUUCCCAGCUCUGAGACACUAGGCUAGGAAACCCCAGUCUGGAUCUGCAGAAGAUUUCUCCUGUCCUCUUCGCACAAUGUCAGGGAGUCACGUACCUUCUGCCAAUGGCCCCUUCUCAGCCCUGACUCCGAGCAUGUGGCCCCAGGAGAUCCUGGCCCAGUACGCGCAGAAGGAGGAGGCCGUGGAGCAGCCGGAGUUCUGCUAUGAUGAGUUCGGGUUCCGCAUGGACAAGGAAGACACAGAUGGCACCCCCUAUUCCGGCCAGCUGCUGGAGGACCCCCCCCAGAGGCUGCGCUGGCAGGCCCACCUGGAGUUCACCCACAACCAUGAUGUGGGGGACCUCACCUGGGACAAGAUUGCCGUCUCCCUGCCCCGCUCGGAGAAGCUCCGCUCCCUGGUGCUGGCCGGGGUCCCCCACAGCAUGAGGCCACAGCUGUGGAUGCGGCUGUCCGGGGCCCUGCAGAAGAAGAGGAACUCCGAGCUGUCCUACCGAGAGAUCGUGAAGAACAGCUCCAAUGAUGAGACUAUUGCCGCCAAGCAGAUUGAGAAGGACCUGCUCCGUACCAUGCCCAGCAACGCCUGCUUUGCCCACGUGAGCGGCGUCGGGGUGCCCCGCCUGCGCAGGGUGCUCCGGGCGCUGGCCUGGCUCUACCCGGAGAUCGGCUACUGCCAGGGCACGGGCAUGGUGGCUGCCUGCCUCCUGCUCUUCCUGGAGGAGGACGACGCCUUCUGGAUGAUGUGCGCCAUCGUCGAGGACCUGCUCCCCGCCUCCUACUUCAGCACCACCCUGCUGGGCGUGCAGACGGACCAGCGCGUCCUGCGGCACCUCAUCGUCCAGUACCUGCCUCGCCUGGACAGGCUGCUCCAGGAGCACGACAUUGAGCUGUCGCUCAUCACGCUGCACUGGUUCCUCACGGCCUUCGCCAGUGUGGUGCACAUCCGCCUGCUGCUGCGCCUCUGGGACCUGUUUUUCUACGAGGGCUCUCUGGUGCUGUUCCAGGCCACGCUGGGCAUGCUGCGCCUCAAGGAGGACGAGCUGAUCCAGUCGGAGAACUCGGCCUCCAUCUUCAACACGCUGUCGGACAUCCCGUCACAGCUGGAGGACGCAGACCUGCUGUUGGCGGAGGCCAUGCGGCUGGCAGGCUCGCUCACCGCCGUGGCCGUGGAGACCCAGCGCCGCAAGCACCUGGCCUACCUCCUGGCCGACCAGGGCCAGCUCCUGGGUGCCAAUGCCACCGCCAGCCUCUCUCAGGUGGUCCGCCGCAGGACCCAGCGGAGGAAGUCCGGCAUCACAUCGCUGCUCUUUGGGGAGGAUGACCUCGAGGCAAUGAAGGCCAAGAACAUCAAGCAGACGGAGCUGGUGGCCGACCUUCGGGAAGCCAUCCUGCGUGUGGCCCGCCACUUCCAGUGCACAGACCCCAAGAACUGCAACGUGGAGCUGACCCCGGACUACAGCAUGGAGAGCCACCAGAGGGACCACGAGAACUACGUGGCCUGCUCACGCGGCCACCCGCGCCGGGCCAAGGCCCUGCUGGACUUCGAGCGCCAUGACGACGACGAGCUGGGCUUCCGCAAGAACGACAUCAUCACGAUCGUCUCCCAGAAGGACGAGCACUGCUGGGUGGGGGAGCUGAACGGCCUGAGAGGCUGGUUUCCAGCCAAGUUUGUGGAAGUCCUGGAUGAGCGGAGCAAGGAGUACUCCAUCGCGGGGGACGACGCUGUGACGGAGGGAGUCACAGACCUCGUGAGAGGGACCCUCUGCCCGGCCCUCAAGGCCCUGUUUGAACACGGACUGAAGAAGCCUUCGCUGCUCGGGGGCGCCUGCCACCCCUGGCUGUUUAUCGAGGAGGCAGCGGGCCGGGAGGUCGAGAGAGACUUCGACUCCGUGUACUCCCGCCUGGUGCUGUGCAAGACGUACAGGUUGGAUGAAGAUGGCAAAGUCCUGACCCCAGAGGAGCUGCUCUACCGGGCUGUGCAGUCUGUUAACGUGACCCACGAUGCCGCACAUGCACAAAUGGACGUGAAGCUCCGCUCCCUUAUCUGCGUGGGGCUCAACGAGCAGGUGCUGCACCUGUGGCUGGAGGUGCUCUGCUCCAGCCUGCCGACCGUGGAGAAGUGGUACCAGCCCUGGUCCUUCCUGCGCAGCCCUGGCUGGGUCCAGAUCAAGUGCGAGCUGCGGGUCCUCUGCUGCUUCGCGUUCAGCCUCUCCCAGGACUGGGAGCUUCCUGCAAAGAGAGAGGAGGAGAAGAAGCCCCUGAAGGAGGGCGUCCAGGACAUGCUGGUGAAGCACCACCUCUUCAGCUGGGACAUCGACGGGUGACGUGCUUCUCCAGGGGCCCUGUCUCACCCAGGUGCCCCCCUGCCCAGCAAGGAGAGAAUGGCCCAGCCCAGGCCAGCCCGAAGCUGCAGGCUCAAGGGGAGGACACACUCCAGAGCUCUGGGCACCGUGGUGGGGGUGCAGAGGGUGGCAGGAACAGGAGGAGGUGCCCAGCUUUGCCGAGCCCCCCAGGACGGGGGGAGGGCCUUGUCCUGCAAGUGUCUUCACAGAGGCUCUGGCCCAGCUCCACGUGCCAACCAAGGACCUCGGGAGGAGGUGGGCACCAGCUCCGUGCGGUCACAUUUUGCUCAGGAAGAGGGUGGGGGUGGCUGAAGGCUCCUGGGCCUCCUUGAUUUAUCAAUAAACUCUUGUCUUUGAGAAAGCA